AUUUUCCUCCGUGAGUGCGGUGCAGUUCCCUGCUCUCCCGAAAAACCCAAAAAAAACUCUGUUCCAUUUUCUCUCUCGAUCAGUUCCGAGGAGUGAGGAAGUAUCCAAUUGAAUCAAUAAUCCAGCUGAAAUUGAAGAAAUGGCGCAGGUUCAGGCACAGCACCAGAAUGUGGCGGCGUCCUCCCCCGGCGGAGCCCCGGCGGCGGCUCCUGGUGCGGCCACGGCUGGGCAGCUUCAGGCUACCACCUCUCUCUACGUCGGUGACUUGGAUUUGAACGUCACGGACUCGCAGCUCUACGAUCUGUUCAAUUCGACCGGGCAGGUUGUGUCGGUUAGGGUUUGUCGCGACAUUGGCACUCGCCGAAGCCUUGGCUAUGGCUACGUCAACUUCAGCAACCCCCAGGAUGCCGCUAGAGCUAUGGAAGUCUUGAACUUCACACCCCUGAAUAACAAGUCUAUCCGAGUCAUGUACUCUCACCGGGAUCCCAGCACUAGAAAAAGUGGAACUGGAAAUAUCUUUAUUAAGAAUUUGGACAAGUCAAUUGAUAACAAGGCACUGCACGACACUUUCUCUAGCUUUGGAAACAUCCUUUCUUGCAAGAUAGCAGCCGAUGCUAAUGGCCAACCUAAGGGUUAUGGUUUUGUGCAAUUUGAGACUGAAGAAGCUGCACAAAAUGCUAUAGAUAAGUUGAAUGGCAUGCUCAUGAAUGAUAAGCAAGUCUAUGUUGGGCAUUUCCUCCGCAAGCAAGAGAGGGAUACAACUCAGAACAAUAUCAAGUUCAACAAUGUUUAUGUGAAAAAUCUGGCUGACUCUACUACAGAUGAUGAGCUGAAAACAAUUUUUGGCGAAUAUGGCGCGAUAACUAGUGCUGUAGUGAUGAGAGAUGCAGAGGGAAAGUCAAAAGGUUUUGGUUUUGUCAAUUUUGAACAGGCUGAUGAUGCUGCUAAAGCUGUUGAAGCUUUAAAUGGAAAAAAAUUUGAUGACAAGGAAUGGUAUGUUGGCAAAGCACAGAAGAAGUCAGAGAGAGAGAAUGAACUCAAAAGUCGGUUUGAGCAGACAACCAGGGAAACUGUUGACAAAUUUCCAGGAGUUAAUCUAUAUGUUAAGAACCUAGAUGAUAGCAUUGAUGAUGAAAAGCUCAAAGAACUUUUUUCAGGAUAUGGCACCAUCACCUCUUGCAAGGUUAUGCGAGACCCCAGUGGAAUAAGCAGAGGAUCUGGGUUUGUUGCAUUUUCAACUCCUGAAGAAGCUUCCAGAGCUCUUUCCGAAAUGAAUGGGCAAAUGGUAAUCAGCAAGCCCCUUUAUGUUGCUCUGGCGCAACGCAAGGAAGAGAGGAGAGCCAAGUUACAGGCCCAAUUUAUGCAAAUGAGGCCUGUUGCAAUGCCACCUUCUAUGGCUCCACGCAUGCCUAUGUAUCCCCCUGGUGCUCCUGGUAUUGGGCAACAGAUGUUUUAUGGACAAGGUCCUGCUAUGAUUCCUCCUCAGGCUGGUUUCGGUUAUCAACAGCAGCUUGUUCCUGGAAUGCGUCCUGGGGCCGGCCCUAUGCCAAAUUUCUUCAUGCCGCUAGUCCAACAGGGUCAGCAAGGCCAACUGCCUGGUGGCAGACGAGGAGGUCCACCACAACAAAAUCAGCAACAAGUGCCUAUGAUGCAGCAGCAAAUGAUGCCAAGAGGAAGGAUUUACAGGUAUCCUCCUGGCCGUAAUGCACCAGAUGGUUCCAUUCCCGGUGUUGCUGGAGGAAUGCAUUCCGUUCCAUAUGACAUGGGCGGCAUGCUUCCUCGUGAUUCUGCUGGUCCACAGCCAGUUACUGCUUUGGCUUCUGCCCUUGCUAAUGCAACACCCGAACAACAGAGAACGAUGUUGGGUGAGAAUUUGUACCCCCUCGUUGAUCAGCUGGAGCACGAGCACGCUGCCAAGGUCACAGGCAUGCUUCUAGAGAUGGACCAGACCGAGGUUCUUCAUUUGCUCGAGUCCCCUGAUGCUUUGAAAUCUAAGGUUUCCGAAGCAAUGGAUGUCCUGAGGAACGUCCAGCAGGCCGGCAGCCCUGCAGACCAACUUGCCUCGCUGUCGCUCAACGAUUCUUGAGAGUGAUGUAGACAUGGUCCUUUCCUGCGUAUGUGAAACAACUUUUUGCUAGUGAGGGUAGUUCUUAUUUGGGAGCACAUUGUCUAGGAGUUUUCAUUUGAGAUUAUUGUUUAAAUUCCAUUUUGUUUUGAAAUUUGUUACAGUGGUUGGUUUCUGGAGUUUCUAUUCAUUUGGUUUGCAAUUUAGUAUAA